CAGUCGGAAAUCCUUCUCUAACACGCGCGAGUCCGUCCACGAACACGCACGCGUGCGUGAAUUCUAAAAGUCUCGCUGUAUUUCUUGCGUGAAUCUUUCGUCGAAAACGUACCGCCGGAAAUCGAAGGUCUCCGUCUAAGUAUAGCACCCGCUUCGCUAGCGUAAGUCUGGCCACUGACGUCGAAAAGUGUCAGUAUACCCUGGACCGACCGAUUCCAGUAGCACACGCCGAUCCGUGUCUCAGUAUCUCGUGAACCGAUCGUGCAACUUCACCUUCCGUUUUGUCUCUCUACUACCCCCCACGGUGCCCUGUAUUUCCGCGGCAAGAGAAAUCGGGUUUCGCCGCGAGUUCAUGAAUGGAUCGAUAAGCGUGUCGUCGCCAGUGUGCCGCCGCGUGUGAAUACACCAUUUUGUGCACGUUUUUUAAACUUCCUCCGUUCUUCGCGAAGGAGGAAAAUCUCCGAGGAAAGUUUCUUUCACCGGGAACGGAGUUUCGCCGAUAACAAGGACGAUCCUAUUUUUUCUUAUUCCUUCCUUCCCCGUUCCUUCCUUCCGUCUCCCUUCGUCCCUUUUCCUCUUCCGCCGAGAGAAAGGGACUCGGAUUUGUUUUAUGCCGACGCUUUGAAGUUUCGUGCAAAGACGGAGAGACGGAGAGAGAGACAGAAAUAGAGAGAGAUAGAGUUUAACGUAUAAUACUCUGGGCAUGGAGCAGUUCGAGCAACUGCUAACGUGCGCGAUAUGCCUGGACCGAUACAGGAACCCGAAGCUACUGCCAUGCCAGCACAGCUUCUGCAUGGAACCGUGCAUGGAUGGCCUCGUUGACUACGUGCGUCGACAAGUGAAAUGUCCAGAAUGCCGCGCGGAACAUCGCAUCCCCUACCAGGGUGUGCAGGCCUUCCCGACCAACGUGACCCUGCAGCGAUUCCUGGAAUUGCACAUCGAGAUCACCGGGGAGCUGCCGGACCCGACCAGCGGCCAGACAAUGGAACGUUGCGGCGUCUGUUCGGAAAAAAGCUACUGCUCCCUCUGCGUCCACUGUGAGAAGAAGUGCUGUCCCGAAUGCAAGGACGCUCACAUGGACAUCCUCAGGCGCGAAAUUACGCGUAUCAAUUCCCAGAUUCGCAGGGGACUGCACAGGUUGCAGGACGCGCUGGCUUUGGUGGAGAAAAACACGUUGGGUCUGCAAACAAACUGCGCCUCGGUCGCGGAAGAGGUGGACGAGAUUUAUCGGAGGCUGAGCAAGGCUUUGAAAGACCGUACGGAACAUCUGCGUAACGAGGUCGAUCGAUACCUGAGCACCGAGCUCAGAGGGUUGAUUCAGCUCAAAGAGAAUCUCGAAUUGGAAAUCGCGAAUAUCCAGAGCAACUGCGAUUUGGCGGAGGCUCACAUCAAUGAAAACGUGCCAUGGGACGAUUCGGAACUCCUCGACACAAAAGAGCUCUUCCUGCGUACGGUGGAAUUCAUCAGGAACUUCGAGUACGAGGCCGGGGAUUACAGUCGGCGAGUGCGUUUCGUGAUGGCACACGAUCCGAACCAGCUGGUCCUCCAUGUAGCAGGUUACGGCGAACUGAAUAUUAAGCCAGAAACCGGAAGCGGAGGAUUGCUCGGUAGCUCGAGCAGUCUAGCACCUCCCGGAGGAUCACCGGGCCUCAUGAGAAGCAAAAGCGACCAUCGUCUGGCCUCGCAGUACCGGCAGCAAGAGGAAGAGCGACUGGCGAGAAAUCGAUACGUGCCCGAAUACGAGUACGACGCGCCAGAGUACGAAGUACCGAGGAACAAAUCGAGGUACAGAAGUCGAUUCAUGCGACAUCGGGACGGAGACGAUUCCGAUGGCGACUCGAGGUCGACCGUUCGGUUCACGUCCACGCCGCAGGAAUCCUCGGGACUUCGUGAACGUGUUCUGGACACAGAAGACGCGGCACGUGGGCCACUUUCCGGGAUUUUUCGACUCACCGACUCGCCGCGUAUCAUGAAGAAGCUUCAAGAAUACGAGAGAGCCGGGAAAAGGAAGAAGGAGGAACCGGCGAUACACCCUGCUCAACAACCUCAACCACCGAAACAACCUCAGGUACAAGUGAGAAAAGUGCCGACAGCGAUGGCGAGGCAGACCAGCGAGGACGACGAGAUUUCUAGGAUUAAAAAGCAGAACAAAACAGCGGCCACACCUGCGACCGAAACGGUGGAAGAACGACAACCGGCGCCAACACCUGCACCUGUACAUCCACCUCCGAGGGAGACACCCUCCGAACGAGAACCGGAGGAACCCGCGCGGAGACCGAUGCCCGCGAGGAGAACUUCGACGGAUACCCACACUCCUGCGACGAGAAGCGCUUCAUCAGACUCGAGCACGGGCUCCGAGAGCUCGGGAGGAUCAGGAAUCCGCAGCACCGGUGCACCAUUCACCGCCGAGGAAAUGAAGCAGAAGUACUUGUCGAGGGCACCGGCGUCGAACGCAACAUCCACGACCUCGUCGCCGCACAGCGGGACGCCACCGACUGCCAAAGACACCACCGCCAACGCCACCCCCGCGUCCCGAUCCUUCCAGAGCCGUUUUUUAGGCACAGGUAACCGCGCAGCCCCACCACCGCCCACGCAACCCCCAGCGGCGCGAGAAGAGACCGCCGUAAAGAAGAAGGAGGAAGAGGAGGAGGAGGACGAGGAAACGAGUAGCUCGUCGGAAGAGACGGAAUCCGAGACCGAGGAGGAAUCGGAAACCGAUGCUCAUCCAGCGGGCACGACCACGUCCACGACGCCCUCUACCCCGGCUCAGGAUCGUCAGAGGAGCGAGUCCGCGAUGGCGAGGACAGACAUAGGGCCUCUGCUCGCUAGGAGCGCGGAGGCGAGACGCGGCAGCAAGGAAAACUCACCUACGACCAGGUAUUCGUCGCCGAGAGGAAGUCCCGCGCAUUCGGUGACGAGCCCGACAGCGACGACGACGACGACGACAACGAGCGGCGCCGCGACGUUGACAACGCCGGCCGGCUACACCAGCAGGACGUUUAGUGACGAACACGAUGAACCGUCAACCGAUCGUGUCGAGGAUUACGAAAUCGCGGCUAAGAACGCGGAUUACGAUAUUGACGGUGCGAACGGAUCGAUGGUUAAACCGCAGUCGAACAAACGAACCCACACGGACGAUAGUACGGACACCGACGAAACGAUCACCUCAUCCUCCUCCUCCUCCGCGACUAGAAUCGAAAGUCUCGAAGGUAGCGGUAACGAUAGUCGAGUAGAGAACGGCAGCGAGGUCCACGAGGACGCGUUAGUGGAAGGUCGUUCGGGGAACGACGUGAACUCUUCGAUAUCGCUCGGCCAGUCAGCCGUUAUCAAAGACACGAGAUACCGGGCAAACGAGCAUCCGAAUUUCGCGGAAUCGUUGGGACCGUCGCGAGAAACGGUGGUGAACGGCGACGAGAGGGGAGCCCUGGAUGGGACCAACGUGGAUGCCAACGGCGUGGAGAUUAAUUCCGAGAGCGGGUCCGAUAGCGAAUCCGGGAGCGACACCGAGAGCGUGUCCGAGACGGACGACGAAGAGGACGACGUGUCCAGGGACGAGAAUAGUAACAUAAAGAAUAAAAAGACUGAGAACCCGGAGCAAGGAGACGAUCGAGCCGUCGACGGUGAGCGUCGCGAUGAUUUCAGCGAGGACGAAUCGACCGAUUCGGAGACCGACGAGCAGACUACCGUUUUAAACGUAUCGUCCGACUCUCAUUCCGAAAAUAAUUACAGCGUUCUGGAACGGUACGACGAUGGCGGCAUGAAGCGACGAAGUUCCUCGAUACUGGAGGAGAAAAGUAUCGAGGAAUUGUUCGACGAUAACGGAUGGGUGAUUACUGAUCAGGAUCUGCAGGCAGAAAACCCUCAGAGAAUCUCCAGAAGUUUCGAGUCGAUGGAUCGAGAGGACUUGGGCUCGAGUAACGGGAGCGUGGAGUCAUCCUCGAACAGGGAGAGACGCAACGGGUCGGACAAGUUGGUCGAUACGAAGCAGCCGGUUAACGACACGAUCGACAACGAGGGCAAAGACGAAACGGUGGAAGACGAGAAAGCUUCGAGCAUGUCGGAGUCGCCCGAGAGUUUGUCGAGGAGUCGAGUGUACAGGCAAAACAGCAUCGGGAAGAACGGUUGGCUGGUGUCGGACGAGUCCGAGACCGAGUCGGACCGAGCCAUCUCGCCGGUAGAGAGCGAAACGACUCGGGAAACGAGCGGGAAGAACACGACGGAGGCAUGGAGGAAUAUGGCGACGAUUACCGAGGACGAGAGGACGAAUUGGCCGGUGUCGAGCACGAACGAGAAAGAAAAGGCAGACGCGAAAGACUCGAAGCUAGCCGAGAACGGGUGGAGCGUGGACGAAAAGGGCUGGGUGAUACUAAACGAGACGAAGAACGCGUCUGCCGGGAAAGACGUCGAGGGCGAAAGCAAGGACGAGACGAGCACGAUUCGUUCCCAAACGACCGACCUCGUGGCGAGACCUAACAUUGAGAACGGUGCAUUAGUCGCGAACGCUACCCAAUCCAAAGAGACCGAAAGUUCCAACGAGCACGAGGACACGCCUGGUGUCGAUAUCUCUAUACCGAUGCAAAUGGUUCCUAAACAAGAGCAGGAGCCAGGCGGCGAUGAUGGCGAGCCGGGAACGGGAACGGGAGCGCGAAAGAGAACGAGAACGCGAACGGGAGCGAGAAAGGGAACGCGAAAGAGAAAGAGAACGGGAGAGAGAACGCGAGCGAGACAUGGACACGGAGGUCGAUUCGCCCCUGUCGACGAGGUCACGGUAUGCCGCGUUGAAGGAAAGAAGACAACGCCUGGCCCGGUCCAGAAGCUCGCACAACUUCGGCGGCGAUGACCUCGACCUAGACGAGGAGCCACCCUCUCCGACUACCCAGUCGCCGAACGCUUACUUGGCAGCCAAGUACGGAGCCGGCUCUG